AUGGUUUCUACUGACCCAGCUAUCAUUACUAGAAAGGAGAAAGGGGAUAAUAACGACGCUGGCAAGGCUAAAGUUGCAUCCCCUACACCUUCGCCUCCUUCGAAGAGGGAUAAUACAUCUUCUUCUUCGAAAUCUGAUGGUGAGGAAUCCCUUGCAUUGCAGGUUGACGUCCCCCUAAUGCUAGUCCGCUUGAUGGGGCGUUCUUGGAAGAAGAAGAUUGCUACUAAUAACACUGCUUCUCCCAAACAGACUCAAGGUUUGGAGGUUUCAUUAUGUGUUUUGGAUACCUCGGCCAAUGAAAUCAAUGAGUCUGCCGCCCCGACGGGCAUGGGACCUUUCUCAGAAGUGGAUCCUCGACUUGCUGAUAUGCGUCAAAAACGCAUUUUCAUCCAACUAGCUCCGGAGGUGAACUUGGUCCAGGAAAAUGAGUCCAAGGCAUUGAAAGCCCUCUCGGUUGCUGCUCGCCAAUCUUUGUCUGAUUUCGCAGACAUGACUCUCAUGGCUGCCGAUUCGCCCUCAGCCGAAACUGUGAAAUCGUGA